UGAACACCAAAUUCAUAGGAACAGUUACUUCACUGGUAGUAAUAUAUGAAAAAAAUUGCAUAUAAGGAUAUGAUACAGGAAGGAAGAAUUGGUUCAUAGAAAGAAAGGCAUAAAGUAAUUUUAAUCUCACGGCUUAAUGUAAGAUAAAGAGUGUAUACACCUACGCCGUUGUGGGCUCGAGGAUCCUAAGAAAACAAUUGGCGUAUGAACCUAUUGUUGACCACCGGCUACCAUGGGACUGCGUCUACUUUCAUUGCUCCACUGCCUUGUGGACUAGUCCUUUAGGUCGAAGGCUCGGGGCGUGACCCCUUAGGAUAACUACCUGCUUCGGUUCGGGAACCCGGGCACUAUCCCAGCCCUUAAGCAAAUUGGAUGACUUAUGUUGCUCAUACACAUUUGGUGCCCUCUUGUACCAAUGUUUAUGUGUUUAAAUACUGUUAUUAGUGGGAAUGAAUACCAUUUAACAUGGUAGUUGUCUCUUAGCAACAACUAUUAGUUCCCCACAUUGGUACGUAUACCAACCAAGAAUGUACAUAAACUAAUGUGUAAUAAUAUUUGCAUCUGUCUUGCAGAUAAUCGGCCGGACAUCAACCACAUAAUAUCUAGUGGAUGUCUUGGAUCGGUCCAAGCUGCGGCAUAACUGACAUCGGCAUAGCGAAAUGGGUAAACUAGUACCGGUAGUCAGAGAGAAGUAGUAAAAGUGGUUCAAAGGACUGGGAUAAAAAGUAUGGUAUAAAAUUAAAAUCUGUAGGAAGGUAAAGAAUGUGUCCAUAUAUACUACCUAUGCUAUUGUGAAACACUUUCGAAGUGGUGACUUAGUGAUUAAGACACUUAACUUAACAAUUACAUCGCAGAUUCAAGGCCCACUCUAGCUACUUUGGUUUAGACGACCAUGUAGUAUCAUUAACCGUUACACAUAGUGUGACUCGAAGCCAAGUACAUGAUUAUGUACCCGAUAGGUAAGUAACUUCCGUAUAUGCAAAGACUACAACCAGUUGUCAGGUAUAUCACUUAGUUUUCAACACUUCCUAAUUCUGGGUAAUUCGUAGUGUUCUGUAAAUUCUAACCUUAUAGAUUAUUUUGAAGUUGAUGCGACUGAUGUCACUGUAAAAUUCCAGGGAAAGUUUCAAUAAUGAUAGUUUAAAUAUUAAAGUUUCGUCAAAAUAACCAUAUAUAUAGUUAGUUAUUGAAUCAAAUACUUUGUGUAUAUAUUAUAUAUUAACGUAGUUCAUUAUACUUAUCAUAAUAAAAUUGUUCAGCAAAGUAAAUAUCUUCUUUUUGUUGUUGUUGAUACGAACGCUUGACAUUGAAUGAUGAUAUUUUCAAAGUUGCAUACAUUUCCGUGUAACAAUGAUUCUACUAAUCUGUUUACUUGCCUGUCCAACUACAUUGUUCAUCUAUGUUUACUGUAUAUAAAUUUUUAAUUAAGUUUGGUACAUAGAUAAACAUGAUCAAUUCAUAACCAUUUGAUGAAUAAAUUUAUUUAACUUGAUCCAACUAUCUGGGUGCAAGAGACCAAGUCAGUCAAAUGCAUUCAUGCAGCGUUAGCAUAGCGAAAUGAAAUUGCUAUGACACAUCUCAUUAGUAGAGGUAGUAACAGUAUCAAUGGUAAUCGAAUAGAUUAGGUAUCUAAGAUGUAAUUCGAGAAGAAAAUACAUAUUAGUGAAAUAAUUAAAAGAAAACAUAUGAUGGAUUUAGAAGUUUAGGACUUGAAGGAAUACAAAGAAUGAUUGUCCCUGCACCAUUGUUAACAUCUUGAGUCAUGUUAUUUCAAAGUCUCUAUGUAGUCUGAACCUACCUACAUGAUUGAAUCCGACGGUCAGUUUCUUCAUCCACCGAUGCCACGUCUUGAUUUAGCAGCCUCUAGCUUUUUCUCAACCUACUCGUACACUAGCCACUUUCAUGAGUCAAGGUAGUCAGUGCAUAGGUACACUUAAUACAUGUCCCAAUCAUCCCAGCCGAUAAAGAUUCACUGCCUCAAAAGAUUAAGUAUAAUUCACAUUGGCAGCAUUGUGCACGUAAGCUUAUAUGUUACUAUCUCUGCUACAAUUUGACAUUGGGAUUCAAAUACUCAGAUUUUAGCCACUAUCUACAAAUUCCAACCAAAACCAGCAAUCCGCCCUGCAUUAUUAUGCAACCACAAAAUAAUAUGUGAAAGUAGAUAUACACACACCUCGGGUAUAUGAUCAUAUGUAUCUUCAGAGCCCUGGUGGCAAGUUGUAGGACCACUGACAUGAUACUCAUUGUACUGGGUAGAAAGAAUAAAUCUACUGAUGACAAGGCUAUAAACUUUCAUCAGCUAAGACGAUUAGAUGUUUUAAUCAUCCUUAACCAUCACUGCCCAUUACGGCAUACAAUAUUGAUUGCCAGGAGUAAAUUAUAGAGGAGCUAAGAUUAAGCGGAUCUUAACAUCAUAUCGGUGCAUAAAAUUACUGACUCUUCUUCCAAGACAUAUCGAAAGUUGUUAGCAUUCAACUUAGGGCUUACGCAAUAUUCAUAAAAUCAAGUGUAAUUAAUUGGUUCUCAAAAUUACUAACUUUUCUGUUGUCAUCACCUAUUUUAGUGUCGAUAUAUUUUUCUUAUUCUAGAUAUGAACAAAUCGAUUACCAAUUCAAAUCCAAUGGAAUACGACUGUGAUUCAGAUGAUUGGCAAGAAGUCACACUGCCUGAUUCGCUUUCAUCUGAAAAGUAUACUUGUUUAAUGUGUGAGAAUAAUUUUAACACAGCUCCAUUAUUUUUUCAACAUCUUACCCUUCAACAUGAUUGGGUCAAUUUUUUAGACGGUGAAGGCAAAAGUAUUUUCAAUGAUCAAUAUGAUUGGAUUCGAUUCGUUAAUUUUGUUCGCAAAACUAAACCAGUGGAUUUACGUCAAGCAUUUUAUGAUAUGGUUUGGAAAACUGACUCCUUAGAUCUACUCUAUCCAGUUCUACCGGAUGAUGAAGUCCUAUCGAUUGAUAUUGAAUCCUAUUUAUUGGAUAAUCAACGAAGUGAUCAGUCAUCUGGGAUAGUUGUACGUGAAAAGUCAACUACUAUUCAACAACCUGUAUCACAAGAAAUGUCACGUAUCAUAGCAGAAAAUAAAAUGUUACGUACUCAGUUAAACAAUUGCAAACGUUUACUUUCAACUAUGUCUGCCCAAUCAGUUCGAAGAAAAUCAUCUGACCAAUCGCCUGAUUAUGACUUCGACAUGGAACCGAAUGAUUCCUCAUAUUUUGGAUCUUAUGGUCACUUUGAAAUACAUGGUGAAAUGAUAAAUGAUCGUGUACGUACUGAAUCUUAUGUGAAUUUCAUCUUGUCUAAUGCAAACAAAUAUUUUAAGAAUAAAAUUAUCUUGGAUGUUGGCUCUGGUUCAGGUAUCUUGUCGAUUAUCGCUGCACAAGCUGGUGCUUCACAUGUUUACGGUGUAGAAGCUGCUGACGAGAUCUAUGCAGCUUCGCAUGAAACUUUAAGAGUGAACAAUUUACUAGAACGUGUUACUUUUAUUCAUGGUCAGGCGGAAUCUGUUGAAUUACCAGUUAAAAAGGUCGAUGUAAUCAUCUCUGAAUGGAUGGGAUAUUUUUUGUUUUUCGAAUCAAUGCUUGAUUCUGUCUUAAAAAUGGCAUCAAAAUAUUUAUCCCGUGAUGGACAUAUUUUCCCACGUCAUUAUACAUUAAAUUUAUUAGGUGUACAAUGUUCCGAACAUUUACGUAAACGUCGUUUAGAACAUUGGAAUGAUGUAUACGGGUAUAAAAUGCCAGCAUUACGUCGUGCUGCAUUAAGUGAAGCACAUGUAUUAAAUUUAACAAAUGAACAUGUUACACCGCCAAUAUCCCCUAUUACUAUAUUAACACAAUCAUUUGAACUGGUUGCACUGGAUUUAGACGAUAUGCAUCGUAAUCGUAUUUAUAAUUUAUCAAAUCACUGUUCACUUUUAUGUGAACAAAAAUUUCAUUUAAUUAUACAGCCUACAACUACUACUAAUAAUAACAAUAGUAGUAGUUAUAAAUUAGACGCCAUUGUUGGCUAUUUCAAUGUACGUUUUGAUGAUGACGCCGAUUGUAAGGUUGAAUUUUCAACAUCCCCAACUACUCCUUUAACACAUUGGAAGCAAACGUUACUAUUUUUAGAUAAGCCGAUUCCUGUGAAACCAGGCGAUAAAAUCUCUGGCAUCAUAACUAUUCGUCGUGCAACUACCGAUAAUCGUGGCUUAGAAAUCAAUCUAUUAAUUGGUGAAACAGAAAAUUCACCUGAAAUCAAACAAACGUUUGAUUUAAUCGGUUAA